AUGGAUCCUCAUUCUAGUGCCCAGGAUGUACACCGAUGUGACCUUUGUGAGACCACCAUAGUACACAGCUACUGUGACUUUUGUCAUGUCAACCUCUGUAAGCCCUGUGUAGAAAUUGCACGCGACUUGGAAAAUCAGCUUUCCAACCUGGAUGGAGGAUAUGAGAAACUUACAUCAGCAAUGUCCAAUCAAGGAGAGCAAUGGCACAGAAAAAUCGACAUCGUUAUCAACGUAAUGAAAACUGAAAUUAGCGAGAUAAAAGCGAAACAUAGAGACAUUCUACAGAAACAUUUGGAUAAAAUCAAACAGAUACAGUCUCUCAUAAAACAAGCUUUACAAGCCAUUAGGAAAAUAGAGAAAUCCACUGAAGUAUCUUCAACUAUUGAAUAUAGCUCUAAGGUCAGAGAGUUCAAGAAGCUUCUACCCAAAGUUCAGGUAUCGCUGCCAACAUUUAUUCCAAAACCAAUAGACCUUGAAAAACUGUAUAGUUUAUUUGGACAGAUCACCCCAUUAUCUACUGCUACAGAAGAAAAUAUCGUGUCACUCAACCAACCCAUCACUUCAGUCAGAGAACUACUGGAUGAACCGGAGCUUGUUGCCACAAUACAGACUGAGCAUGAAAUACUACGUAGUGUAACAUGUCUGAAUGAUGACAAGAUAUGGACGAGUGGAAAGACCAACGAUAUCAAAUGCUUCAACAGUAAAGGUUCACUCCUCCAGACAAUCCACAAAAAAUCAGGUCAAUACCCAUAUGAUAUAGCUGUAGACAGUGAUGGUGAUCUACUGUAUACUAGUGGGACAACAAAGACAGUGUGUAAAGUAAAGAAUGGACAGACAGAAGAGUUAAUCACAUUAAAGGGAUGGACGCCUAGUCAGCUGAGUGUCACCUCUACUGGUGAUCUCCUGGUUACCAUGUUCAGUGAUGAUAAAACUCAAUCCAAAGUUGUCCGUUACUUGGGAACAACAGAGAAACAAACAAUUCAAUUUGAUGAUGAAGGCAGACCUCUGUACUCAGGGAAUUAUAAUACUAAAUACAUCACAGAGAACAGAAACCAUGACAUCUGCGUAGCAGACUCUGCGGCUGGUACAGUAGUGGUGGUUAAUCAGGACGGAAAACUCAGAUGGAGAUACACCGGUCAUCCCUCAGUUACUAAGAACAAACCAUUUAAACCCCGUGGUAUCACAACAGACAGUCAGAGUCGCAUCCUGACAGCAGACGGUGACAACCAUUGUAUCCACAUUCUGGAUCAGAAUGGACAGUUUCUCCGUUACAUUGAUAACUGUGGUCUAAAGGUUCCUUAUGGUUUAUGUGUGGACAACAAUGACAAUCUGUUUGUAUGUGAGUUACACAAAGGCAAUAUAAAGAAAAUCAAAUAUCUAAAGUAGAUAUCAUCAAUUGUAAAAAUGUGAUGCAAAUAAAACAAAAGGGUUUUUUUCUGUAUCUAUUGAAUAUCAAUGUUGACAUUCGCCAUACAUUAGAUUAAUACUUUAGUACUUUACUUUCGUUAUACAGAUGAAUUCAUAAAUUCUAUUCAUUCAUUACAUUAAUAAGUUUAUUUUCAAUUAAAA